CAUAACGAAACCUACUUUGCAUUCUGCAUGAGAUCUGAGGACUCCGUCUACACACGAAACAGUGGCAAUGGACAUCGUCGUGCUUUUCUUGAUCACAGCGGUGGCAAUAGCCAACCUAGUGUCAGUUACAGACAGCCAGGAAAUACUCCAAAACCCAGACUUUGAGACCAUGGAUCAUUGGUCGUGCCCUCACGUGACGUGUACGUUAUCGAGUGACAAACACUCGGGCAAUCAUGCCAUCAAAACCCAGGACAGGCAUAACUACUACCAAGGUCCCUCGCAGACAGUACAUCUCAAAGAAGGUCACGUGUACAACAUGGAAACCUGGAUUAAACUCCUGAACGACAACGGGAAGUCUCAACACGUCCAGAUUGAGGUGGCCUAUAUGCUGAAUAACGGCCACACUAAUUACGUAACGGUGGCAAACCGGAACCCCGUCAACUCUCACUCCGGCUGGGUUCACCUGAAAGGUCAGCUGGUCGUGCCUACAGGUGUCAAGCAGAGCCGAGUGUACUUCCAAGGGCCUGACCCGGGCAUAGACUUCCUGGUGGACGCCGCUUCCUUGACGGAACUACACAUACAUUCCAACAGCUGGAAACCUGAGGCUGACGCCCGAAUUGACCAUUACAGGAAGAGCAACAUCCAUAUAAAAGUGGCGACUGACACCGGCGUCAACAAAGACUUGAUUUCUAUUGACGUAUCCCAGAAAACUCACGCUUUCCCUUUCGGAACCGCUGUCGUUGCCAGCAUAAUAAACAACAACAACGGUGGUUCGGACCAGAAGUAUCGCCAGUUUGUCUUUGACAAUUACAACUGGGCAGUUACCGCGAACGCUAUGAAAUGGCACAGUAUCGAACGCGUCAAGGGACAGCCAGACUACGAGACAGGAGAGACAGCGAUCAAGAUCCUCCGCAGUCAUGGGCUUAAAGUUCGUGCCCACAAUCUGUUGUGGAAUUUUGCACGUCACCUACCUCACUGGGUAACGGCGUUGAAAGGCGACGAACUGAACUCGGUUGUUCAGAAGCACAUCCAUGACACAGUCCUUCGAUAUAAAGGCCUAGUGGAGCAUUGGGAUGUGAACAAUGAGAUGCUUCACGGAAACUAUUUUGAAGACACGUUUCACGACCCGGAUUACUCCAAGAAAGUUUUCAGAACUGUUCAUCAACUUGACCCCAACGUCACCUUGUUCCUCAACGACUUCAGCGUAGUGUCGUCCGGUGGAAGCACAAAUGAUUACCUGGCUCAGGCUAAGGAUUACAAGGCGUCAGACACAUACGUUGGUGGCCUGGGGGUACAGUGUCACUUCAAAAACAAACCAGUGCCGGCUCUUAUCAAGGAAAGACUGGACACUCUCUCACAGGCGGGAUUGCCUAUAUGGGCGACCGAGCUGGAUAUCAUGGCGGAUGAUGAGGACGUGAGGGCUGACUGGUACGACAUCGCUUACCGGAUGCUGUUUUCACAUCCUUCGGUGGAAGGCAUCCUAAUUUGGGGGUUUUGGAGUGAGCAUCAGUGGCGUGGAGAAAAAGCUGCCUUGGUCUCAGGACCAGAAUUUAGGGUCAACGCCGCUGGCCAGCGCUACCUGAACCUCGUGAACAAAGAGUGGCGAACUGAGAGCUCUCACCCCCUUUCCAAGGGCACUGAUUUCACCGUCAGAGGUUUCCGAGGUCAUUAAGAGCUAGUCCGUGGCUUCUUCGUCAGUGCUUGGGAAAACGAAACAUCGUGUAGCUAAGACAAAUUUGUCCGUUUUGCGUGGUUUUAGCAGGUGUCCAAUCUGGGUACGAUUUGAUUAUAUAGUACAAUAUAUAGCUGUUAAUGUACGGUCAAUAUGGGUGUGACGGCUGGAAAGCUGACAACGGAUUACCCAUCAUUUAUUCGCUUAUAGGUUAAAUUUGAUGAUAUGCAACGUAAAAUAAUGUUACUAGGAAAUGAACUCACUGAUAUGCAUGCUCAGUGAUAUUUUACAACUAUUGUAGGCCUACUGGUACAC